GGUUAUUACGGUUAACUGAUUUCGGUUAUCUGAGCUUCGUCAUCCUCAGACAGAUCUUUAAUUCCCAGCAUGAAACCCGACAAGAUUCACAUGUAGUUACCCCUUCUGAUUCAUAUAUCGGAGACUCAGAUCGAGCUGCUGUUCCUCAAUUUGACGGAAGAAGAAGAAGAAGAAUGGAUACAUUCAGCGCGGAGGAUCUGUCGACUAUCGGCGGAAUAGCCACAGUGUCGCUCCUUCAUUCGUUCAUUCCGACGCAUUGGUUACCUUUCUCCAUCGUCGGACGCGCUCAGAAAUGGACGCUUUCCAGAACCCUCUUCGUCACUGCAUUUGGAGCAGUCUUGCAUGUCAUAUCCACUGCCCUUCUUGGUAUUACAGCCAUCACAAUGGCUAAUACCAUUGCCGGUGAAGAGACUGUUCACAAGCUGGCUUCCCUUUUGCUUGUGUUUCUUGGUGGAAGCUAUAUCUUGCUGUUUUUGGCUGGUAAAGGAGGCCACACUCAUUCUCAUAACCAACCCAUGGAGAAAAUGGCUGUUGCUGGCCUUGUCCUUGUUCCCGCAUUAUCUCCUUGUGCAACGACCCUCCCUGUUUUCCUCGCUGUUGGAAACUCAAAGCCAAUGAUGAUUCUCGCCAUCAUAGUUCUGCUCAUCAGCACCAUUUUGGUGAUGACAUCGCUGGUAGCUCUAUCGUUCUAUGGUGCAAGCCAGCUGAAGUUUCACUGGGUGGAGCGAUACGACAAACUACUGGUUGGUUCGGUCCUGUGUCUGGUGGGUAUCUUAACCCUUCUCUUCCAUGAUCAUGACCACCAUGGUGGUCAUGAAGCACAUCAACUGCACAGGAAAAUCAUUACUCUCUAGAGACCACUUCUGUUUCACCUGUUUCGUCUGUUUGUUGUAGAGCGGCUUAAUGUCUUCUCACCAUGUAUGUCUAUAUAACUAGUUGUAUCGCACUCUGUUAAACGUGAAGAAUUCAUAUGGCAGUACUGUUGAAUUCCUAUAACAUAAUAACAUUAGUUGUGAAUGUGAUUUUCGUAAGCAGUA